AGGUUAGAAGUUGGACGCGCCGAACGCACUGCGCGCAAGAGGUGAAUCAGACGCCGGUUUUAAACCGCGAAAACCCAAAACACAUCACUUGUUUGUGCUUUUGGAAGAAGAGACUGUGAAAUUACCAUCUGACAGGGUUAAUCAUUUGUUGGAUUACCAGCAUAUAGUUAAUCAUCCUGACCCAUCCCUAGUAUGAGUUACAGUCGACUCUCAGCUGCACUAUCACUGGACUGAGAUCUAGACAGAUCAAGAUUUUAAAUCACGUCUAUGAAAUCUGCCUUGAAGACAUCAUGAUGGGCAUUCGCAUCAGAUCUACUUUGCCAGUUCUGGCUCUGUUGUUCUUGCAUCUGGUAGCAGGGCAAGAUGAACUGAUCGUCUCCACUGACAAAGGCAGAGUCAGAGGACUGAGGCUUCCUGUGCCGGGUGGUUCAGAGUAUGUCGGGGCCUUCCUUGGGAUCCCCUACGCCAAGCCUCCAUUGAACCUGCUUCGCUUCCAACAACCAGAGCCUGCUGAGGCUUGGAAAGGGAUACGAGAUGCCACCCAGUACUCCAAUUCAUGCUUCCAAAUUCCAGAUAUGUUGUACCCAGGAUUCCUUGGAGCUGAGAUGUGGAAUCCCAACACCAGAAUUAGCGAAGACUGCCUGUACCUCAAUGUUUGGACUCCUUCAACUGACCUCCAGAACCGAGCCAAACCCUUAGUCCCAGUUAUGGUGUGGAUCUACGGUGGAGGCUUUUGCACAGGUACCGCAUCCCUGGAAAUGUACAAUGGGCGUUUCCUCAGCCAUUCGCAACAGGUGGUGGUGGUAUCCAUGAACUACCGAGUAGGACCAUUGGGCUUCCUAUCUCUGCCUGAAAGUAAGAGCAUUAAAGGUAAUGCUGGUCUAUUUGACCAGCGCCUAGCUCUCAGCUGGGUGUCAAGGAACAUUGCUGCAUUUGGGGGUGAUCCAUCUUCGGUAACCUUGUUUGGAGAGAGUGCUGGUGCUGGCUCUGUGGGACACCAUUUGCUUUCGCAGGGCAGCCAUGGACUAUUCUCCCGUGCAAUUCUCCAGAGUGGCAGUCCCAAUGCUAUGUGGGCGGCAGUGGAGCCAGCUCAGGCCUGGAACCAUUCGUUGACUCUGGCUCAGCUUCUGAACUGCCCACUUGGACCAUCUGUGGAUGAUACGGAAGCUUGCUUAAGGGCAGUUGAACCUGAAAAGAUAACCAGUCAUCAAUUCAAAGUCAUUCCUGAUCCAGCGCUAAUAAGCGUGCCUUUUCCACCAACAGUGGAUGGAGAAUUUCUCGCGGACAUGCCGAAUGUCUUAAUCCAGUCGGGGCGUUUUCUGAAAACUGAACUUCUUUUGGGACUAAACAGGGAUGAAGGGACAUUAUUUCUUGUUUAUGGCGCACCUGGAUUUGGCAUCCAUAACCAGAGUCUUAUCAAUCGAGAGCAGUUCCUCGCAGGUGUGUCCUUGGGCCUCACUGGUUUCAGUGACAUAGCCAGAGAGGCGGCUGUAUUUCAGUAUACUGAUUGGACAGAUGAGCAGAGCGAGCCAAAGAACAGAGAAGCCCUAGGCUGGAUGAUGGGUGACUACUAUAUCUCUUGCCCCUUACUAGAUUUUGCCCGUAGGUAUGUAGAGAAUGGUGGCAAUGCCCGAUUGUUCCUCUUUAACCAUCGCGCCAGCUUCAACCCCUGGCCUCAGUGGAUGGGUGCAGUCCACGGGGAAGAAAUCCCGUUUGUUUUUGGGAUUCCUCCGAACCAGACCAUGGGAUUCUCUAAGGAGGAGGAAGCUCUGAGCAGGAGGAUCAUGGGGCACUGGAGCAACUUCGCCAGAAGUGGGGAUCCGAGCGUGGAGGGAAUGGAUUGGCCGCCGUUCACGCUGGAACAUCAGCAGUAUGUCACGCUUAACACUGGCCUGUCACAAACCCUCCGGAUGCUUCGAGCCCAGCAGUGCAAGUUCUGGGACAGUUUCCUGCCAAAACUGCAGUAUGUCACAGCUCUGCCUGGCCAGCACAUGUGUCGUCUUCUAGUCUCUUGAGGACACCUGUAGUGCAGACCUGGCCAGCUAGUGGAGCUUAAUGCGGGACUGGAGGUGGUUAAGUGUUUCAGAAGCACUGCAGUUAUUUACAUGUAGAUUUAUGCAUCUGGCAGAUGCUUUUACAGGGUUCUCAUGGAUCCUUAAGAAGUAUUCAUUUGGAUUUUUCAAAUUUAAGCUCAUAAAAAAAAAUCUUAGUUUUGCUUAUAAAUUUUAGAUGAGGCAUUGACUCAGUACCAUCUAAUUAGCAUUAUAUGCUUUUUUGUGGAUUUGUUUGUUUAUGUGACAGUUUGUGGGGUGUGUGAUAUCUAUGAGGAUAUUGUAAUUAUUGUUUUAACAGUGUGAAAGUUGACAUUGAGUCAGUCACUUAUGCUGUCACUGCAUAAUGUAUGCUGUUAUAUGCCCCCAAAAUUUAAGAUGCAUGGGCAUUUUGCCCAUUUUUUGUCUUAUAACUACAUCAUAUGAUAUAAAUACCGGUAUAUCACAAAAUCACAUGACCAGAUUGCGGUUUUCCCAAAUAUCAGCGUAAUUGCAAAAAUGAUAUACAUUUCAUAGAAAAGUUAAAUAAAUGAAAAGUUAACAUUGUCAGAUACAUUUUAUACACAAUGAUGUCACUGAUUCCUGCUGAUUCACUGUUUUUCCUUUAUUUUGCUAUGAAAAUCUUGAAACCAAAGCAGAUUUGCAUCUCUGAGAAAUACACAGCUGUGAUUUGUUACUUCAGUGAAUGAAAAUGCAUUUUGAAUGAAUCAGUUUAAUUAAUGAUUCAGUGACCCUUUCAUGAAGACAGUCGUUUGCUUUGUUCCUUUUGCCAUUUGAGCAAAUCAAUUGAAUGAAUGACUCGAAUCACUCAUUAAGAGAGUGACUUACUACCAUCUACUGAUUUUUAAAGUACCUUUGAAAUAAAUAGUUAAAUUUCUUUUAAAUCAUUUAAUUUUUAAAUAUUUAAUGAAAAUAUCUCAAUCUCAUAUAGGAUUAUUUAUGCAAUUAAUUAUGCAAUUGUAAAUGCAAUGUAAAUAUGUUAAAGGGGUCAUCGGAUGCUAAGUUCACUUUUUCAUGCUGGUUGAACAGUAAUGUGUGUUGGCAGUGUAUGUACAAAUCUACCCUAUAAUGAUAAAAAUCCAUGCAGUGGUUUUUAAUUAAUCUGUAAAAAUAAUAUCCCCUUUUUCAAAUCGAGCCGUUCUCAGAUGCCUGGCGUCACACCGACAGAUGCCGCUCCCACAAUAGUUGAUUGACAUGAGCUCUCACCUCAGACCAGCUGUCACAGUCCAGUAACUUUCCAUGUUUUGAUGCCAGAGCAGGGAUGUAAGUUAGACAAGAAUAUCUCCGAUUGAGUGAUUGAGGUGUUGUGCUGCUGGACGUAAUAAUGAACAUAGUGGUCGUCGUUUACUCCCGACAUCUGAGCCGCUGAAGAUGCAGUAGAUUACAUUUGUUUGUGAAGGGAAUGCACCUCCCGAUCUACAUAUAUCCGUCUAUGUUCGUGCGAAUCAUUCAUGAUCCAGCUUCACUUACAGCAGAAGUGAGUAUAAGCGUUUUUUUAAUGAAUCUUUGCGAUCGCCAUUCCAUAUAAUGUAGUAGUUAGGACGUUUAGCGGCUAAAGGCGGCUAAAGGCGGCUAAAGGCGGUUAAUGUAAACAACACCAUCUUUCCACACAGAGAAGAGAGGGGCGGGGCGAGCAGAGCUUAUUUGCAUUUAAAGGAACAACCCCUUAGAAUGAGAUGAUUUUUGCAGAGCUGAUUUUGGCAAGGUAAAAAGGGUGUUGUUUUACAAAACCAUUGAGAAUUUUUAAUCAAAGUAUAUUAGAGACUUUUCAUUAAGACCCUAAAGAAUCAUAUCAACUUGUGGAAAAUGGGCAUCCGAUGACCCCUUUAAUGCCACUUCUGAUGCUGCUUUUGUGUCACCUCUGCACAGCAAAGAUGGAUUUGUUGAUUUCAUUGGAUUGAUAAAAGCCAUAUACUGUGUAAUUAUUCUUAGUAAAUGGAAUUUGAUUGUUAGAAUUUAGAAAGAAAAAAUGUCUUAUAUUAAUAAUAAUAAACCUUGGAAAUCACUUAGUAUAAUUGUGUCAGAUAUUGUCCCUUAAUAAAAAGUCAAUAUUA